CAGGCACUGAAACGAUAUUAAAUUAAUUGUUUUCCAUCUUAACUGACGGAACAGUUGUUGUUCUCAAGAAAAAAUAAGGAAAUAUGCUCGAAUUCAGUGAAAAAUGUGAAGUAUUGAAAAAUGAUACUGUAGGAAGGUAUGUAAUAGCUGGUAAGAAAAUAUCAGCUGGUGAAGUAUUAUUGACCGAGGGUCCAACAUUGAUUAUCCCAACUUGCAGUGAAACACGUUGCACAAAUUGUUACAGGUUAACUAAACGUCAGUGUGGAAUUUGCAAUAUUUUACUUCUUUGUGAAAGUUGUCCUUCCCACGACGAAUUCGAAUGUAGUUUCUUUGUGAAACGUAAAAAUAUCAAUUCGAAGUUCCUCUUAGAUAACGUGAACUUAUAUGGAAUUAUAAAAUGUCUGCUACUAAACGAAAACCCCCAUACAAGAAACGUUUACGAACAAUUGUGCAGCUUGGAGUCUCAUCAAGAAACUAGAAGGGGAACCGAAAUUUGGUCUGACCACACUAAAACUAUUGUUGAACCCAUUAUUUCCUCGGGAAUUAUUCCUUGUUUCAAGGAAACAAGAAAUAUAAAUGAAGAACUUAUUCAACAUAUUUGUGGAGUAAUUGAUGUGAAUAGUUUUGAGAUUCGAGCUCCAGAUGAAGGAUCAAUGCGAGCAAUUUACUUGAAAGCAUCACUGCUGGCUCACCAUUGUGUAGCGAAUACCGUGAUAGCAAUAGAUGGAAAUAAUCAAAUGAGGAUAUAUGCAAACUGUAAUGUUGAGAAAGGAGAUAUGCUAACUUAUUGUUAUACAAAUCCCUUAUUGGGAACAGAAGAACGACGUAAUGCUUUAUUGAUUGGAAAAUACUUUUACUGUAAUUGUACUAGGUGUGACGAUCCAACCGAACUAGGAUCCCACAUGAGUAGCCUUCUUUGCAAUGCAUGUCCUAGUGGCGAUGGCGUAAUAGUUCAGAGGGCAAAUUGGAUGUGUGAAAAAUGUUCUUUCAUGAUUGAUGAAGAAUAUGUCAAAAGUAUUCUUAGAAAUGCAAAAGAGGAGAUAUACCUUGCAAAAGACGAUAUCCGAAAAUACGAGGGUCUUAUAUCAAAGUUCUCUAAGGUCUUCCACUGCAACCAUUAUCUCAUUAUUGAUCUAAAACAGAAUGUGGCAGCCAUAUUGCGUUCGUUUCUUAUGAAUCCUAUCUGCAAACCUGGAAAAAUGGUACUACAACGAAAAACAACACUUUGUGGAGAUAUUUUGGCAGUUCUUCAAAUAGUUCAACCUGGAAUAUCAAGACUAAAAGCAAUCGCCUUAUAUGAAAUGUUUUCAUCCUAUACAGAAUUUAAUCGACUUAGGUUUCACGAGAGUGAAAUAAAUGAAUGUGAAUUGUUGGGAAUUCUUGGAGAAGCUGAAAUCAUGCUUAGAGAAGCAAUUCGGAUGCUAUUGUAUGAACCAGUCAAUACACCGGAAGGACAACUAACAAGAAAUAUGCUUAAAGAGCUUCGAGACUUGCAAAACGACAUAAGGAUGUUGUCUAAAUAA